AUUCCCAACUCUGAACGUUUCUCCACUUCACGUCGAAGUCUCUCUCUCUCUCUCUCUCUCUACAGACACACGCACAUGAACGCUGCAGCAGCCAACGACCAACGGCGACAAGGGAAGUGAGAUCAGCCGACCUCCUCUGCUUCUCCGAAACGCCCGACAAUGGUCGACGUGGACCGGCGCAUCACCGGCAUAACCCCGGCCCACGUUGCCGGCCUCCGCCGCCUCUCCGCCCGCGCGGCCGCCGCCCCUUCCGCCGCGGCCUCCCGGAACGGCCUCCUCUCCUUCUCCUCCCUCUCCGACCAGGCCAUGACCCACCUCCGCAGCUCCGGCGUCCAGGUCCAGCCCGGCCUGUCCGAGGCCGACUUCGCGCGCGCCGAGGCGGAGUUCGGCUUCUCCUUCCCUCCCGACCUCCGCGCCGUCCUCUCCGCCGGCCUCCCCGUCGGCCCCGGCUUCCCCAACUGGCGCGCCGCCGCCGGCCCGGCCCGCCUCCACCUCCGCGCCUCCCUCGACCUCCCCACCGCCUCCGUCUCCCUCCAGGUGGCCCGCAACGCGUUCUGGCCCAAAUGCUGGGGCCCGAAGCCGCCCGACCCGGAGAAGUCCCUCCGGGUCGCGAGGAACGCCCUCAAGAAAGCUCCGAUCUUGAUACCGAUCUUCAGCCAUUGCUACAUCCCUUCCGCUCCGUCGCUCGCCGGGAACCCCAUCUUCUUCGUCGACGAGCAUCGGGUCUUCUGCUGCGGCUCGGACCUCUCCGAUUUCUUCCACCGCGAGUCACUCUUCCGGAGCUCUGACUACGAACACGAAGAAGAAGCAGCUCUCCAGAGGCAGAGGUCUCUCGGGGCGAGGCGAAGCGUGGACGGCCGCGGCGGCGGAGCGGGGAGGUCGACGAGGUGGGUCGAGUUCUGGAGCGACGCCGCCUUCGACCGCCGCCGGAGAAUCUCCUCGUCCUCGUCCUCCUCGUCGCAGUCGUCCUCCUCGUCGCCGGAGAGGUUCUUCGACUUGCCAGCGGAUACCCGGCACCCCAAAUGGGUCGACGAGUACAUGGAGCGGAUCGGGUCGGUGUUGAGGGGCGGCGGGUGGAGCGAAUCGGACGUGUCGGAGAUGCUGGAGGUCUCGGCGUCCGCCGACGACGUCUUCAGUGGCGGGACGGCGUUCGCGGUGGACCGCCAGGCGGUGCUCGACUCCCUGCUCCUGAAAGCGGAUCGGUUCUCGGACCGGCUCCGGAAGGCGGGCUGGAGCUCCGAGGACGUGGCGGACGCGUUCUUCGGGUUCGACUUUCGACCGGGGAAGGAGAAGAGACCGGCCAGGAAGCUGGCGCCGAAGCUCGUGGAGCGGCUCGGGCGACUGGCCGAGUCGGUUUCCCAGUAGCUGGCGGUGGAUGGCAGAGAGAAGCAAGAGAUUAUUCCUCUUUUUUUAUUCUUUUAUCUUUUUUAUUCUUCUUUUUGUCCUUCUUUUUGACCUUUUUUUGACAUUUUGAUGCCUCGAUUGCGUCAUGUUGUGGAGACACAAGGCUUUGUCAAAGUGAGUGCUGAUUACACGAUUUGUUCAUACACUAUUAUCGAUGAUUAAAGACAUUGAACCAUGUUCUUCCC